AUGUCUACUCCCUACUAUACUGACCCUGAAAAGAAUUUCUCGCUACCGUCCGUCGGUUCGCGGACGCAACCACCAGAACAGAGCGGAAGGAUCUCUGCUCGCCGGUCUCUGUCUGACUUCUCGUCGUGGAUACCUAAGUAUUCAUGGCGGACUGUCUUCUGCCUUCUUGUCUUUGCGUAUUAUCUGGGCUUCUUUACAAUAAGGACGGUUCUUUCAUUCAAGAGUCCGCACAAGUACGAUGUGCAGACGAGCCAAAACAGCUUUUCUGAGAAAAUGCAGAAGCUAUGGGGUCCAUACGCGCCGUACUAUCCAGUAGGAGAGUAUGUACCUCCCCCUCUAGAAUGCAAGAUAAACCAGGUCAACAUUCUCCAACGCCACGGCGCGCGCUAUCCCGCUCUUCUCGACGUACCUGUAUAUCGCAAUGCAGUUGAGAAGCUCACCUCCGCAAAGAAGUUCAAAGGCGCGAAUAUGCAUUUCCUCAAGGAUUACAAAUAUACGCUUGGCGAAGAUGACCUCCUUCCUCUUGGGGCGAGUCAGAGCUGGGAGGCUGGAUGGCACGCGUACGAGCGGUAUAGAGGAUUGGUAGGUGGCGAGGAUGAUUUGUUUAUUAGGGCAUCAGAUCUGCCGAGGGUAGUGGACAGUGCGGGAAAUUGGACAAGGGGGUUUGCCGCGGCGAGCCAGAAGAGUAUCAGGCCAGUCACAGAUGAUGUACUCUCGGAAGAGGUGAACAACACGCUGAACAAUGACUGUCCAAACGCGGAUGACGGCUCAGCGCAGAUGGAUACAUGGCUGCAGCAAUUUGCCCCGCCUAUUGUUGCCCGCUUGAAUGCUGCAGCUCGUGGUGCGAACAUCGACAUGAAGGACGUGUACGGACUCAUGUCUAUGUGCCCGUUCGAGAGUAUUGUCAAAGCGGGCUCAGGUUUAAGUGCGCUGGAUGCCCAAAGUCCGUUCUGCGAUCUGUUUAGCGAGGACGAGUGGCGCGCGUUUGAGUAUCACGAAGAUGUCAAAAAGUACUAUAAGACGGGGCCCGGAAACACGCUCGGCCCUGUGCAAGGCGUGGGCUACACGAAUGAACUUCUUGCGCGGUUGACCGACUCGCCCGUGCGAGACCAUACUACUCACAAUGCGACCCGCCCAUUUCCACUCGGGCGUGCGAUGUAUGUGGAUUUCUCACACGAGAACGCGAUGGUUGCGACCUACGCCGCUAUCGGACUGUUCGACGCCGGUGUAGGCGGUGCACCUGAUCCGCACAGAAUGCCUCCGGAGGAAGAGGAGCGCGUGUGGGUCGCAAGCCACAUGGUGCCAUUCUCGGCGAGGAUGGUCACAGAGCGACUGGAAUGCAUGAGCGGAGCCCAAGAAGCUGUGGAUGCGGUUAGAGAGGGCACGUUUAUCCGUAUAUGGGUAAAUGAUGCGUUGCAGCCACUGCGCUUCUGUGGUGCAAACGAGGACGGGAUCUGCGCAUUAGAUGCAUUCGUGGAUAGCCAGGGGUACGCAAGGAGAGAUAGCGACGGAGAUUUCGAGAGGUGCUAUACUUGA